AUGCCGCCAGCCUUGAAGCGCAGCGGCAGGCGUGAUGGAAAGGCUGUCCGCUUCCAUCGCGGCCGCUCCCAGCCCACACCCCCUGUCCUGCACCAACCCACGCCCCCUGUCCUGCACCAGCCCAAGCCCCCUGUCCUGCACCAGCCCAAGCCCCCUGUCCUGCACCAGCCCACACCCCCUGUCCUGCACCAACCCACACCCCCUGUCCUGCACCAGCCCACACCCCCUGUCCUGCACCAAUCCACACCCCCUGUCCUGCACCAGCCCAAGCCCCCUGUCCUGCACCAGCCCACACCCCCUGUCCUGCACCAACCCACGCCCCCUGUCCUGCACCAGCCCACGCCCCCAGUCCUGCACCAGCCCCAGCCCCCUGUCCUGCACCAGCCCACACCCCCUGUCCUGCACCAGCCCACGCCCCCUGUCCUGCACCAGCCCACACCCCCUGUCCUGCACCAACCCACACCCCCUGUCCUGCACCAGCCCAAGCCCCCUGUCCUGCACCAGCCCACGCCCCCUGUCCUGCACCAGCCCAAGCCCCCUGUCCUGCACCAGUCCACACCCCCUGUCCUGCACCAGCCCACACCCCCUGUCCUGCACCAGCCCACACCCCCUGUCCUGCACCAGCCCAAGCCCCCUGUCCUACACCAACCCACACCCCCUGUCCUGCACCAGCCCACACCCCCUGUCCUACACCAGCUCACACCCCCUGUCCUGCACCAGCCCACACCCCCUGUCCUGCACCAACCCACACCCCCUGUCCUACACCAGCUCACACCCCCUGUCCUGCACCAGCCCAAGCCCCCUGUCCUGCACCAGCCCACGCCCCCUGUCCUGCACCAGCCCACGCCCCCUGUCCUGCACCAGCCCGGACAACUCCGCUGA